GGAAACCUUGAGGGUUGAAGGUGGUGUCAAAGGUCAAGGGUCAAAAGGUAAAGAAGAUGAUGAAUGCCGGGGGCCUCAAGCUGGUCUCUGGCCUAGUCCUGUAGGCACCCAGCUGGAGGAGAUAAAAGGGGCUCAGGUUUUGAAGCUUUCUUCUGGUCCCACGACCUGGAGGAGAACUUGCCCUUCUGCCUUGCUUUUCCAAAGGUGUUCUAUCCCACCCCUCUCUCCGGCACCCCUCUCUCCAGGCACCCCUAGCAAAAGCAGCCUUGCUUGUCCUAUACUCCCACGCCCUACCAGUACCAGAGAAACCUCAUUACAAAACAGGAUCUUCCAGAUGCCAGCCCAGUCUUAUCAGCUCUGGCUGUGCCUGCCUUCUGGGAGCUGGAGAGAAGGGGAGACAACCUCGGCUGGCAGGGCCCAGGCCAGCUGUCCAGAGAGCUGCCCUUUGGUCCCUGGGGCCCAGACACUCUGUAGGGGGCCCUGCAUGUGACCCACGUGGAGGGUGGGCAGGGGCUCAGGGCUGUCUCUCCUUGGCACCUCAUUCCUUUUUUGAAUUCCCAUUUUCCAACUGUCAUCCCUCUCUAAGCUCAGUGAGGGGUUCAGGUGGGUCCUCCUUGCCACGUUGGCUGCCCCAGAAUGUGUCCUCUGGUCCCGGCGGCCGGCUGAUGGCCUCCGACACAGGCUCUAGCUCCGAGGUUCCUCCCUCCCCGGUUCUGUGCUUGCAGCCCCCACUGCGGCGGAGCCUGCUGCAGCACUCCGCUCCCCUCUUUACAGACCUGGGGAAACUGCAGCCCUGGAUGCAGGGCCUAAUCGCUGUGGCUGUGUUCCUGGUGCUGGUCGCAAUCGCCUUUGCCGUCAACCGCUUCUGGUGCCAGGAAGAGCCGGAGCCCACGAACAUGGUCAUGACCGUUGGAAACAAGGCAGACGGAAUCCUGGUAGGAACAGACGGAAGGUACUCCUCGAUGGCGGCCGGCUUCAGCUCCAGUGAGCACGAGAAUGCCUAUGAGAAUGUCCCCGAGGAGGAGGGCAAGGUCCGGAGCACCCCCAUGUGACCCCUACUUGCGUGUGGCCCCCAGCCCUGACCCCAGGUGCUUGUGAUGGAUACCCGACUCACCACCCAAGCCGCUCCUUCUCUGUGCAGGAACCUACAGUAAGGGGCCGACUCUUCCAACCCCACACUGCCCACCUUCCCUUGAACUGUCACCAGCCAAAGCCAGAGCUGUGUCCAGGUUGGGGCUCAGCUGUGGCCCUAGGGUUUCCUGGCAGGUCUCCCACCCAAUUCAAUUCAGAAGACCCUUCCGAAGAGGACAGUCAGCUCAUCACCUCCCACCCUGCCUCACAUCCUCUCCCUCUAACUGUGGAAAUGGCUCUCAUUUCUGUGAAAUAAAGAUGUUUUGUAUUUCCA